UGGCAACUGAUACCUACUGGUGGUGCAAGUGAUGGUGGUGAUUUGUGUUGUUCCUUCUAUUCUUCUCUUCGAAGCUCCGUGGGACGAACGGGAUCUAGGAUGUGGAAAUGUGGUCAGCAUAAUUGAUGUGUGUCUCCCAAGGAAACUGACAAAUAAUUUGCCAGGGAUCUGCGAAUAACUUUGUUAUUGGUUUAACAACAUAUCUUUGCUGUGUAGUUGGUCGCCCUAUGUUUCAGUUCAUACUAGGUCCCGCAACACCUUACCAAUGUCUGCCAAUAUGAAUAACUAUGUUGAUAUUAUAAUGAUUCAAGUUGGACCAUGGUUGAAUGAAAACUAUAUACCAAUCGAUUUACCAGAUGUAGUUGAAGGGUUCGAGCACACACCGAUUAUAAUCACCUAUCACGGCGAGCUGGAGCUUACCAAUGGGCUGUUCCAUAACAUUCAGAGCGUAGUUCGCAAUGGACCUGCAACAAUGCACUACGACGGAAAAUUGCUUCGAGUUGUUGUUGGAGCGACGCUACGACAACUUGCUUUCACAUACGACUACUCAGCUCACAUCAUGGAUCUAGGACCAACCGGUUGGGUCGACGUGGAUGUAGCAACGACAACUUUCCAGUCUGAGUUUAUUAUCAAUCUCGACAAUUUCUUCAUAUAUUUAGGAGAUUUCAGGUUGACGGACAUGGGUUCGUUAAACAUCCGUUUCCGUGGCAACGUAUUGGUGGACUGGUUGACCAACAUAUUUGUCAGUAUCAUCACAACUGUUUUCAACAACACCAUCAGAAAUGUGGUUUCAAACACGAUGCGCGAGUUUAUUCAGGCUACUCUGGACGAGAUGAAUGCCCGUAUCCAGGCCCAGGGGCGUGUUAUGAAUGAGCAAGAUAUGUUUCAGUUCGCUCAGCAAUUGAAGUUUGUGCUCCAGGGUUCCGCUUGAAGGAUGCUGUUAAUAGGCAGCGAUAGUUGGUUGCAACUUGAAAUUAAUUUUCGAAAAUAUUAAAAAUUGUUCAAAAUCA